UCCAUGAGUGUUCGUCCUUCAGCUUAAGAUAAGAGUGCAGACAUCUGACAUGGCCAAGGACUACUUUUAUUAUUUUGACUUAAAAAAAGAGACAGAAAGCAUUUUAGAGGACGCAGCAUCUGAAUUACUGUCCAGAUAAAGGAAAAAAAAGGCUUUUUCCUUGGCUUUUUUGUGUGUGCUAAUGCCGCAGAAGUUGACCAGUGACUGCAAAGUGUAAUAAAAAAAUACUACCAGAAAGAUUUUGGGGGUUCUGACAAUGGUUUCCACGGAGGGUUUGAAGAUAAAGUGAGGGUUUCAAAGUAUAGGUUCAAAAUAUAGAAGUAGCACAGUUGAGUGUCAUCAAUUGAUUUUUUUUUUCAUCUCCAGAUUCCUGUCUGCCACACUGAGCUCCGCCCCUCCUCUCCUUGUCCGUCCUCCACGUUGUUGGUCUUAUAAAAAGCAGUCUCACCACUGUCCUGCUGCUCCUUCUUUUAUUUUGUCUUUCUGCGAAGGAUCUGCGAUGACCCUGGACGGUGACGUGUGCGUGGUGACGGGAGCGUGUGGCUUUCUAGGCAAGACGCUGAUCAGGAUGCUCUUGGAGCAGGAGAAAAAACUCAGCGAGAUACGACUCCUUGACAUCAACGUCAAACAGGAGCUGCUGCAAAGUCUGGAAGAAAGUCGAAACGACGUCAAGCUGAGCGCAUUUGAAGGCGACAUAAGAGAUGCCGAAUUUGUGAGGAAAGCUUGUCGGGGAGCCACGCUGGUCUUCCACAUCGCCGCAAUCAUCGAUGUCAUCGAGGCCAUCGAGCCCAGCGAGAUAUAUGGCAUUAAUGUCAAAGGGACCCAGAACCUGCUGGAGGCCUGCAUUCAGGAGAACGUGGCCUCCUUCAUCUACACCAGCACGGUGGAGGUGAUGGGCCCCAACGAGGAAGGCGAGCCGGUGGUGAACGGCCACGAGGACAUGGCCUACCGCAGCUCCCUCAAGACCGCAUACAGCAAGACCAAGAAGGAGGCCGAGGACCUGACCCUGGGCUACAACGGCAAGUCGUUGACCAACGGAGGGCGGCUGGCCACCUGCGCCCUGAGGCCCAUGUACAUCUUCGGCGAAGACUGCCGCUUCCUGCUCAGCCACAUGGCGGACGGCGUGCGCAACGGCGACGUGCUCUACCGGAUGUCCCUGCCGGAAGCCAAGGUCAACCCGGUCUACGUGGGCAACGUGGCGACGGCCCACCUGCAGGCCGCCCGCAGCCUCCAGGACCCCGAGCGGCGGGCGCGCGUGGCCGGCAAGUUCUACUUCGUGUCCGACGACACGCCGCACGUAAGCUACUCUGACUUCAACUACGAGGUCAUGUCGCCGUUGGGCUUCAGCAUCCAGGACAAGAUGAUAGUGCCUCUGCGCCUGUUCUACGUUUUCUGCUUCCUGUGGGAGAUGGCGUGCCUGAUGCUGCGGCCCUUCCGCCGGGUGGUGCCGUCCGUCAACCGGCAGCUGCUGACCAUGCUCAACACGCCCUUCAGCUUCUCCUACGACAAGGCCAAGCGCGAGCUGGGCUACGCACCCAAGUAUACCUGGCAGCAGGCGCGCAGCAACACCACCCGCUGGCUGGCACAGCAGCUGCCCAAACAACGAGAGAAAGUAUGGACCAAGUAAAAUGCUACAGCUGCAGUUUCAACAUGACUGCCUUGGCGGUCUGACUUCAAAUAUAAAAGCGAGCAAGUGCCAUGAGAUAACCUCAAAGAAAGAAUGUUACAAAUGGAAAAAGAUUGACUUCAAACAUUAAAAGAACGCAACGCAGAAAAUGA